AACAUUGGCCCAGAUUUUCGUUCGGAUUAAGGAAAUGAGUUAUUCAUAUUAAGAACGGUUCACUGCGACUCUUGACAAUCUCGUCCAUCCGCUCAAUUAUGUCAGCUCUCAUCCUCUCUUCUAUAUAUCCGUUUAUGUUUAUAAAAUUCGAUCUGUCAAGAAACUGAUGAAGUGUUUGAGACUAAAAAAUUAUUCCAUUUUGAUGUCAUGGCUCGUCCGUCGUGCAUUUUUUCUUCCAUCAUCUUCUUGCUCAUUUUACUGAGCGUCGGUGUUCUGGUGUUCGUUCUAAAAUUCCAACAUUCGGCCGAGACCUCUCCCCGUCCCGCAACAACACGCAUCAUGAUGCAGUCUGAUUCGGUGAGCACCGAACCUUACGACGAUCCCCACGAACCCUGGCUGGACUUCAGACUGCCCACCCACGUCGUCCCCUCGCACUACGAUCUUCUUCUCUAUCCACAGCUCGAAAACGACACGUUUUUCGGGACGGUCAACAUAACGGUCAGCGUGAACCGUGACACCCGGUAUUUUAUUGUCCACGCGCAUCGUCUGACUAUUACCGAGUGCGGAGUCUAUGAUCCCCGCACGGGGGAUGGUUUGAUACUGGAAAAGCACUUCACUUACGCCCCCAACGAAUAUUUUGUUCUGGAGACGCGGCAGAGAUUGAGGACUGGAAGAUACAUUCUGAGGUUUGAGUUUUCCGGAAACCUGACCGGGAGUAUCGUUGGAUUCUACAAGAGCAACUACCGUAAUCGCUUGAAUGAAAGUCGAUCAUUGGCUACUUCUAAAUUUCAACCCACAUAUGCUAGAAGGGCUUUUCCUUGUUUUGAUGAGCCAAGUUUUAAAACUACUUUCUCCGUUUCUCUGAUGCACAGUCCAAAUUAUAUAGCCCUCUCUAAUAUGCCAGUCCAAGCAACAAAACCCAGACAAAAUUCCAGCCUAGUUGUGACGACAUUCCAAAAAUCCGUUCCCAUGGUGACGUAUCUGGUAUGUUUCAUUGUAUGCGAUUUCAAGUCGACGCAAACAACGGCAAAUGGGAAACAAUUCAGAGUGUAUUCUUCCGCAGACCAAGUCAACAAGACCAAGUACGCACUAAAGUUCGGUGCAAGGGUAUUGGAGUAUUACGAGACCUAUUUCAAUAUUGAAUAUCCCUUACCCAAACAAGACAUGAUUGCCAUUCCUGAUUUUGUAUCGGGUGCGAUGGAGCAUUGGGGUAUCAUCACUUUCAGGGAAACCUCUCUGCUGUACGAUGAAUCCAAGUCCAGUCCAUCUCAACUUCAGAGGAUCUCUGCUGUCAUAUCACACGAAAUGGCACACAUGUGGUUUGGGAAUCUGGUGACAAUGGAGUGGUGGGACGAUGUGUGGAUCAACGAAGGAUUUGCCAGCUACGUCGAAUACAAAGGAUUGCAAGAUCAACAUCCUGAAUGGGACAUUAUGUCACAGUUUGUGUCUGAAGAUUUACAGCCAGUCAUGAAUCUGGAUUCAACUAUGAGUUCUCAUCCUAUAGUUCAAUCCGUCAAACAUCCUGACGAAAUAACGGCGAUAUUCGACAGCAUCUCAUACAAAAAGGGAGCUUCUAUUUUGAGAAUGAUGGAAUUCUUCAUAGGGGAAGAAAAUUUUAGAAAUGGAAUAUCUAAUUUCUUGAGGAAACACAAGUACAAGAAUGCUAAGACACUCGAUCUGUGGAAUGAACUUUCAGCAGUUUAUGACUCUCCUCCGGUUAAUCACACUAUUUUAGAAAUGAUGAAAACAUGGACGGAACACAUGGGUUUCCCAUGCGUCACUAUUGACAGAGAUGGUGAAUAUUUCGUAGCCCAUCAGAAGAGAUUUUUGAAAAACGAAGAACUUCAUACCAACACCACUAAAGACGAUUCCAGUUGGAGUAUUCCCUUGAGUUAUGUCACAGCGAAUGGAGAGAAAGGGAUCAUAUGGAUACACGACCAUCAAAAAAUUAAAUUUACCCUCAACAGCACUGAAUGGGUUAAAUUUAAUAUCAACCAGACUGGCUUCUAUGUGGUCAACUAUUCGAGAACUGACUGGCAGAAACUGAUAGAAUUAAUGCAUUCUAAUCACGAGGUUCUCACCCCGUCUGACAGAUCCAACCUACUCUUCGAUUCAUUUCUCCUUGCUGAAGCUGGAUACGUGGGAUUUGAAGUUUUUCUCUCCCUCACCAACUAUCUGAAAAAGGAGAGACACUUGGUUCCGUGGUAUACAGCGUACACGGCAAUCGUCAAACUCUGCCACCUUCUGAAAUUUACUGACACUAACAUUCUUCUAAAGAAUUAUAUCAGAGAUCUGACGGAUGAAUUGUACAAAGAUCUCGGUUGGGAAUCGUCAGAGAAUCAUCUGCAGGACAUGUUGAGGACGACUGUUAUUGGUCUGGCCUGCUACAGCGGUAAUCAAGAUUGCUUGACCCAUGCGGCUGAACUCUUUCAAAACUGGACACGUGGACAUGACCUGUCUUCGAACUUGAGAAAGAUCGUUUUCCGCUAUGGAAUGGCAGAGAUUGGAAAAGAGGAACACUGGAAUUAUAUGUGGAGUAAAUAUCUGACAGAGGAAUCAGCAGCCGCACGUGGGACAUACCUUUAUGGACUCGCAUGCACAAAAAUAACUUCGCUCUUACACAGGUAUAUUGAAUAUGCUAUGGAUGAGAAGAAUGUUAGAAGCCAAGAUUUUUUUGGUGUUUUGAUUUCCAUUGCGGGAAAUUCGAUGGGGAGAACUCUUGUAUGGAAUUUCGUGCGAGAAAAUUGGCCGAGGCUCGUUGAAAGAUUCACGCUCAACGAUAGAACUAUGGGUUUUGCCAUCAAAGCAAUCUGCAGUUAUUUCACAACACCUGCUGAGUUGGAAGAGAUGAAGUCUUUCUUCGCCGAAUAUCCUGAUGCGGGCGCCGGUAAAAGAGGUCGUCAGCAAGCCUUGGAGACGGUGCAAAAUAAUAUACGAUGGCUCAAAACCUACAAAGAGAGCAUCAAAGCUUGGCUUGAAAAGUCGAUUCCCUGGUAUCAUCACCGUUUGCCCUCCUAUAUCGUUCCAGAACAUUAUGACCUACUCUUGCACCCCAUGCUAGAAGAGUCUCGAUUCAGGGGCACCGUAGCCAUCACAGUAGAGCUGCAAAAACCGAGUGAUGUGUUCAUAGUUCACGCCAAGGGACUGAACGUCACCCAUCAGAGCAUUCUGUCAGAUGGAAAGAAUAUCUCCCUGGUUGAUGUCUUCCAGCACGAAGAAAACGAUUAUCUGGUUCUUAAGGUUGAAGAUGAACUAUCCGUCGGAGAGUAUAAGUUAUACUUUGAAUUUGAAGGUCUCUUGUCUCUGUCUUUGCAGGGUUUAUACAGAAGUUCCUAUUUUGACCCGGUACUUCAAGAGAGAAGUUAUUUAGCAACGACGCAGUUUGAACCGACCUCCGCCCGUGAAGCCUUUCCUUGUUUUGACGAACCUCACUUCAAGACGACAUUCAAUAUCAGUGUCUUACACACCUCCACCUACUUUGCUCUCUCCAACGCUAUCCUCAAAAGCAAAUCGAGUGAGAAUAACGGCUUGAUUCUGAGCGAGUUUGAAGAGACUCCCCCUAUGGUGACCUAUUUACUCUGUGUUGUUGUCUGUGAUUUUCAGUACAGAGAGACUUUCACUGAAAGCGGCAUACGAAUGAGAGCCUACUCUGCACCCCAUCUUAUAGACAAAACUGAAUUUGCAUUAAACAUAAGCAGCAAAAUACUGGUUUACUUCGAGAAAUAUUUCAACAUUUCUUUCCCGUUAAAGAAAUUAGACAUGAUAGCUGUGCCAGACUUCCUACCGAAUGGAAUGGAGAAUUGGGGUUUAAUUACUUACGAUGAGGAGAUAAUGAUUGUCGACAAUGAAGCACCAGAUUCCAAGAAGCUCUCAUCCGCCUCCAUUAUUGCACACGAAUUAGCGCACAUGUGGUUCGGAGAUCUGGUGACUAUGGAAUGGUGGAAUGAUUUGUGGCUGAACGAAGGAUUCGCUACAUUUGUAUCCUGGAAGGGUACGCAACACGCAUUUCCCCAUCUUUAUUCGGUGCCGGGGAUGAAGAGCGUGUGUUUUGCGAUGGAGAAUGACCAGUUCAUUCAUUCGCAUCCUGUAGUGCAGAGCGUGACGCGAGUCACAAGUGACAUAUUCGACAGCAUCGCCUACAGUAAAGGUUCUUCAAUUCUGAGAAUGCUGGAAAGUUAUAUGGGGGAUGAUUUCAGAAAAGGUGUUACGAAUUAUUUGAAAAAGUAUUCUUUCAAAAAUGCACGAACGGAUGACCUGUGGAAAGAAUUUUCUGCCGCUUCAAAAGAGAAAGUGGAUAUUGGGAGCAUAAUGGAUACAUGGACAAAGCAAAUGAAUUAUCCAUACAUUACAGUGAAACGGAGUGCAGACCAUCACAUCACCCUUCAACAGAACAGGUUCCUGCUCGAUCCCCUCCACAGACAAUCCUCUCCUUUCAACUGGAAAAUUCCGAUCUCUUUUAUAACUUCGACUCGUCAAAAUGUUACCUUCUUACUUCUGGAUUCGAAAGAUGAAGUGAGUGUACAUGUUGAUCAAUCCGAUUGGUUCAAGUUGAACGUCAACUUCACUGGAUACUAUUCUGUGAAUUACGAGGAAGCUGAAUGGAGGAACUUCAUCCAGAUGAUGGAAAUCAACCACACUGUGAUAAGCUCCACGGACAGAGUCAACCUACUUUUUGACGCCUUUAACCUUGCUGAAGCUGGCCUCUUGGACUAUUCAGUGCCACUGAAUCUCACUCGUUACCUCAAGAAGGAAGAAUACCACGAGGCCUGGCGUCUUGUCCUGAGUAAAAUGACCAGCAUCAGACAGUAUUUCAUCAAUGAUCGCGAAAUGUGGCACAUGAUAAAGGAAUACGUAAGGAGUCUAAGUAAAGAUCUCUACAAGAAAAUUGGUUGGAAUGAAACUGGAAAUUACUUGCAAAGAGAGCUGAGAAAAGAAGUGCUAAAAGCUGCAUGCGACAACAACAACUAUGACUGCCUUGAAAGUGCUGCCACAUCAUUCAAACGAUGGAUGAAGGGAGAAAAACUGAGUCCUGAAUUGUCUUCAUUAGUUUACGAGUAUGGGGUGAGAUAUUUGAACGAUGAAGAAUCAUUCCUGUUCCUGUGGAAUAGUUAUCUGGAAGAAACCGAUCCAUUUGAAAAAUCCAUUUUCAUCCACUCCUUGCCUACCGUCAAGAAUAUUUCCAUUUUAGAGAGAUUGGUGAGGUUUUCAAGGAACGAAUCAUAUUUCAGGAAGAGUUGGCAAGUGUCCAUGCUGAUCAAUCUGGCUAAAAAUCCUAAAGGUCAUUCACUCGUUGCCAAUUACAUAUUUCACAACUGGACUGAUCUUGUCAGGUCAUAUGGAAUUUCAAGAGUAGAAAAAUUGGCUUUCGAUGUAUUCAGUCAAUACCAAUCAGAAAAAGAUCUAGAUAAAGUGCGUGAAUUUUACGGGAAGAGGAGGACAUUGAAAGAGAUGGAAAGAUUGCGGUCUCGGACAUUAGAAGCUAUACGCCUGCGCAUUAAGUGGCACAUCAAUUUCCGAAGCACAGUUGCCAAGUGGUUUCAAGACAACGUUUACAUGCCCUGGUCAAGUAUGAGACUACCGAGGCACAUAAAACCUUCAAAGUACGACAUAGUGUUGAAGCCCAAUGUCUCGAAGGGAUCCCUGGAGGGUGAAGUAAGGAUUGAGUUGAUGGUCACUCAAGAGACGGACUACAUCCUUCUCCAUCAGAAUGGUCUGAAGAUCACACAUACUGAAUGUCCAUCUGCAGCAGUGGACGAGGCAUUUCCACACAAGAAGACCGAUUUCUGGGUGAUUCGUUUCAACCAGACCAUUCUUCCGGGAAACCACCUCCUCCACCUCAACUUCAAGGGAAGUUUUUCACUCGAUGGAAUGGGUGUCUACCACUACACCCACAGAAUAACUGGAGAAAAGCGAACUUUGUUGGCAACUCAGUUUGAAGCCACCUAUGCCAGGCGAGUCUUCCCAUGCUUCGAUGAGCCCGAUUUCAAAGCUUCUUUCAAGAUAAGCAUCAUUCACGACGAAAACUACACAGCACUCUCCAACAUGCCUCAACAGAGCAGAGAAGAAAUGGGUGAAAAUCUUGUGAAAACCGUGUUUCAGGAAUCUGUGAACAUGUCUACAUACCUCGUCUGUUUCGUUGUUUCGGACUUUGAUUACUUAGAAACAGAAUACAAGGGAAAACCCGUGAGGGCCUAUGCACCCCCCGACAGAAUACAGGAAGCUGACCGUAGUCUUAAGUUAACUGUCAAGUUCUUAGAGAUACUGGAAGAUUUCUUCGAUGUACCCUACCACCUUCCCAAGCUUGAUUCAGUGGCUAUUCCAAGUUAUACAGUACCUGGGAUGGAACACUGGGGAAUCAUCACUUACAACGCCAAACGAUUUCUGGAAGAUGGGAACUUGACAUCUCAUCAGAUGAUUGUAGAAAGGGACAGAGUGAUUGCCCACGAAUUAGUACACCAGUGGUUCGGCAACCUGGUGACAAUGAAAUGGUGGAAUGAUGUGUGGUUAAACGAAGGAGUGGCCACCCUUAUCAUGUAUGUACCGCUGGGAAAAUACUAUCCCGCCAUUACAGAAGUGGAUGUUCGAAAGGUGUCAAAAAUGAUGUGCACGGAUUCAAAUAUUGAUUCUAAUCCGAUACUUCGAAAUGUCACAACACCCAAAGAGAUAUCGGAAAUUUUCGAUGCCAUUUCAUAUGAGAAGGGAGGUGCGGUGAUGAAAAUGCUCCAACACACAUUAAAAGAUGACUUUAGGAAGGGAUUGACGAGUUUUUUGAAGAAAUAUGCCUUCAAGAAUGCUGACACGAAUGAUCUUUGGGAGGAGUUGAUGAACACAUCUUCUAAACAGAGAAAUGAUGUGAGUAUAGCAGAAAUGAUGGAUACCUGGACUCGACAGAUGGGUUUUCCCUAUGUGCAACUGAAGAGGCAGGGAUCCAAGCUUUAUGCUGAGCAGCGUUGGUUUCUUCGAAAAAUAUCAGACACUUCGGCUGAGGAGAUAGCUGAGAAACCAAAGUUUUCAAGAUAUGGAAUGAAAUGGAAGAUUCCUCUUGUUUAUAAAAAUCUCAACACAGGAAAAGAAGAAACACUCUGGCUCAUUGAUAGAAACGCUACUUUUGAUAUCGAUGCUUCAGAUGAGGAUGUCGUCAAAUUUAAUCCAGAUUUUGUCGGUUUUUACGUUGUGAAGUAUGAUUCGAAAGACUACUCCCGACUGGGGAAAAAACUCAUGGAUAACCACGAGGAGUUGAGUACGACUGAUCGCUACAAUGUGCUGCAUGACGCAUUCUUGCUGGCAGAGACAGAUCGAUUGACUUACGACGUUCCCAUGGAACUCACCAAGUACCUGAGGAGAGAAAGAGAAGCUCUACCCUGGACACUACUCAGGGAUCACUUCAUCUACUUCCUGAGGAUGCUUCAGGGAACAUCGCAAACAGUCACCAUGCUCAAAGAAUACGUUCAAAGAUUGACUUAUGACCUUUACGAGGAAUAUGUCUGGAAUACAGGAAGCAAAAGUUAUUUCCAAAACAGAAAAACAAGCCUUGGAAGUUGUUCUUACACAUACCCGGAUCUGGAAUUUGUACCAACCAUUGUUGACUUAGCCUGCAGAACUGGCAACCAAAAAUGUCUUCACACAAUGCAUCAAGAGUUGCAGCUGUGGAUGCUUAAACAAAACACAUCGGCUGAUCUCUCAUUCAUCUUUAAAGUGGCUGUACCUCAUUACGGUAAUGAGACUCUCUGGCAGUUUCUAUACGAAGAGUUCAUUGAUAAUGAAACUUCAUACGAUGAGAAACUUCUAUUGGCAGAAGGACUCGUUGCCUUCACCGAUCCUUCCCUCAUCUCCAAGACUCUCGAUGUUAUGAUGUGGCAUCCCAAUCUCGAUGUCAGUUUGAUUCGAGCUCUCUUUCAAGGAUUGGGGGAUAAUCCAAUCGCCCUACCUAUUCUUUGGAACUAUGCAAAGAGUCAUUGGCUAAUCAUCCUAAACAGGUUAGAAGCCAGCAACAGCCCUACUGUUGGAAUAUCGGUAUUUUGUGAUAACUUCAAAACAUUGAGUUAUUUAGGCGAAUUUGUUGGAUUUUUGAAGCGAAUUCCUAUGAUUAAUGACUUUGUAAUGAGUGGAUGUAUGGAAGAGAUACAGAGUGCCAUCAACUGGUCUGAGAAAUAUGAGGAAACUUUAAAAGAUUGGGUGAACACAAUGCAGUCUCUUGUGAUAUGAAGCUCAACUUUUGAUCCAAAUUUCAGAGGCAUUAUUUAAUUAUAUUUCUGUUAUCAACUUAUUUUAAAUAAUUUUGUCCGGAUAACAUCAGGGAAAGUUAAAUUUUUUUAAGAAUAAUAAAAUUCAUUUCUCAAUUUUUAGAACGUUAGAGAACAUUCUUACUAGAUUUUGUUUGACCGUAUUGAUUAAACUGCGCUGAUCCGAUUCUCGUUUUCAAAAUUUAUUGUUCGAAUAAAUGUUUUAUUUUGAAGAAAAAAUUACAAUUUAAAACCAGUAGCUUUGGAAUGAAUUUUUUUAGUUUAUAAAUUAAGUUUAUUUUCAAAUUUUUUUUAUUCCAUUCAAAGUAGUUUAUUUACGACCAAAGGACUUUUUCGGCUGUGAUAAUUCAAAGAGCGCUCCAAAAACACCAGGUCAGAGUACACGCCAUUUUUUUUUAACGAUCUGUGAAGAAAAAAAAUUUAUGCUUCCUAUACUCAUUCCAAAUGUCUGUCAUUAAAGAAGUUCAAUGUUUUUUUUAACUCAAGUGAUUAGAUGACGUCAGCAGACGUUACCAAAAAAAAUUAUUUCUUUUUGUUUUCUUCAUAUUUUUUUCUUUCUAUUUCCAAGUUAUUUCAAGUGUUUGUUUCAUGUAUAAAAAAUAGUUUAAUGAAUGUGUUUAUAAAAUGAAACACCUUUAAGCUACAGAAUUGUAUUUUUAACGCGACAAUUUGACAUUUAACGUAUCAAAGUCAUUGAUGUCUAUGAACAAACUUUCUGUCAUGUGUAUAUAAUAUUAAUGUUUUGGAAUCAAACUAAUAAACAUUUUUGAAAAAAUUAA